UUUUGAAUUCUGUCUGUCUGUUGUGAUUCAGAAACUAAAAUCCUGGAAAAACAAUAUAACAGCAGAUCUCUGUGAAUUUUAUCAUCAUCUGCUUAUAUUUAGUUUACUACUUCUAUAUGUCUGGGGAAUAUAAUUACUUCAAAUCAAUUUAAAAUCUGUGAACGAAAAACCUGAGAAUAUAAAAUACAAGUUUCACAAAUUUUUCUUUGUGUUUUAACAUGGCACCAAAACCACGGUUCACGGAAGGGGAGAAGGUUCUCUGUUUCCAUGGGCCUCUUCUUUAUGAAGCAAAAUGCUUGAGAGCCCAGAUUCGUGACAAGCAUAUGAAGUACUUCAUUCAUUACAGUGGAUGGAACAAAAAUUGGGAUGAAUGGGUACCUGAAUGUAGAGUACUGAAAUAUAAUGAGGUUAAUCUUCAAAAGCAGAAAGAACUUGAAAAGACUCAUAAGAAAGUUAAGAAAUCCAAACCCAUGAAGAUAGUUCCAAAAAAAGACGAAAAGGAAAGAGAAAUUAUUACUUUACCUUCUUUUGAUAAAACUCCAAAACCAAAGCCUGAAAAGCGACAAGCAUCAUCACCUCCCUCAGAUACAGAGCAGCCUGAAGGUAAAAAAACUAAGCCCAGGAUUGAGCCAAGUUUUGCAGAUGAAAUUGAAGUUGAAAGAGAAAUUAAAUUAGAUGUUCCACAACUUUUGGGAGAAUGGCUGAUAGAUGAUUGGGAUCUUGUUACUCGUCAAAAGAGGAUUCUGCUGCUGCCAGCACGAGUAACUGUUGAUCAUAUUAUUGCAAGUUAUGUAAAAGAGAAAGUAUCUGUUAAAGGCUUAUCUCAAAGCGAGGAACUUUAUAUUGUCAGCUUAAGCAACCGGGUUCGUGAUUGUUUUAAUGGAUUACUUGGAAAUAUGUUGCUUUAUAAAUUUGAAAGGCCACAAUAUGCUGAGAUGCUGUCUGAAUACAAGCAUUUAAAAAUGUGUGAAAUCUAUGGAGCUAUUCAUUUACUACGAAUGUUCACUAGUGUUGGAGAAAUGCUUCAGCAAAUUCCUUCCUCUCCAGGAGUUAUGUCCCCAUUAGUGGAUCACAUUCAAGAUUUUAUUAGAUUCAUAUCAGAAAAUCCAUCAUUCUUUAGUUUAAAAGACUAUGUGGUUGCUUCACCUGAAUAUCACCGAAGAGCUUUGUGAAAAAAAUGAAAUAGUCUUCUCUGCUGAAGAUUAUUUUUGCAUGAAAUUAUAAUGAUUGGUGUCAUUCAAAUUGAAAUGCAAAACAUUUUCAGCAUGUAUGCAUGCUUAUCAUUUAUUUAUUAUGUUACAUUUCUUAUCAUUACAAAGAAAGAAUUUUUUUUUCAUAAUAAAAAUAAAAUUCCAACUGCAUGUUUAUAUGGAAAAAUGUUUGUGAAUUUUUAUAUAACAUUUUUAUCUUUAUUCCAAACAAAUGGUAUUCAUUGAUGCACCCUUUACCAGUGUGCUUUGUGAAUACAUUUUUUAUAUAAAAUGGUCAAUUUAAUUCAUAUUCAGAUACAAAACAUUUUGUACAUAUAUGCAUGCUUCCUUUUUGUUUAUUAUGUAACAUUUCUUGUCAUUAUCUUGAAAGAAAUUUGUUUUUCAUAUUAAAAAUAAAAUACCAAAUGCAUGUUUGUGUGGAUAAAUAUAUGUAAAUUUAUAUAAUCUUUUGUCACUGUUAGAAACAAAUAGUAUUCUGAGACAGAUUGUGGCAUUUUGCAACCUUUAGUAGCAUGAGUAACUUUUUUUAAUAAAUGAUCAAUAUUUCACAUUCAGAGACAUUUUUUAAAUACCAACACAUUAUUAGUUUUUUUAGGUUAUAUUUUAUUAGAGCAACUUUGUGAAAACCUUUGGCAAUCAGUUGGAAUAGACAGAAUUAAUGGUUGCUAAAA